CCUGGCCUGUGUGGAGGUGAGAGAACAUGUGCGUCUCGGAGGGUGUGGCGCUGUUUGUACAGACUUGAAAACCAGUCUGGCAGCUAACUAACUAAUAACAGUGAGGGAUGCAAAGUGCAUAUCUGUAUGUGUGUAUGUGUGUGUGUGUGUGUGUGUGUGUGUGUGUGUGUGUGUGAAGAAAAACAUGUUGCUAUUAGUUAAGGAUAUACAUGACAGAAGAUUUUUCAUAUUGAGUGAGGAUGUACAAACAUUCCUGCGUUAAACACACACCUUGUUCAAACUAUUCUGUGUUAUUUCACAGGCUUCAGCAAACACACACGCAGGGAGUUUCAUAAAGCAGGAUUUGACAGCAGAUCAGAUAACUGUGAAGAAGACGAUGACGCUAUACAUCCUGCCGAUACUCAUUUGAAUCAACAAAAGUUUAACAAUAGGUUCAGAAAUAUGAUACAUUCAUGCUUUUCAAUGAAAGCCAAUUUCCUUUAAACCGUUGACCCUAUUAAAAUGGUUUUCCCCAUUAUUUAGAUGAUGAUUUGCAUAUCAUCAUAAAUGAUAAUGAUCACGUUAGUUUCCAGCAACAGCUACUGUGGACUGUUUGGACAGAUGGCACAGUCCUCUUACACCAACAAAAGGGAGCUGUGUUGUACUGUACAUUACUUAUGUAUAAGGCUCUACUGGGAAAACUUUUUUUUCACAAUUAUCUUAUGGGGCCUUUUCUGCCUUUAUUGUAUAGCGGACAAUGGAGAGAUGACAGGAAAUGAAGGGAGAGAGAGAGAGAGAUGGGAAAUGACAUGCAACAAAGAUAUCCGGCCAGACUCAAACCUGGGAGUCAGCGCCCCCAGAAAACUGCCUCAUUAUCUCUGCUUUCUGAUUGUUUCAAGUUUUGAGUCAACAUGGAUGAAAAGUCCUUAAAGAGCUCAGAAAAAAAUGAAAAUGUGAACUUCUACAAUGCUCUGACAACUGAAUAUACUCCAUUUGCUGAGGAAGAUUGUGUGAUAUGAUUGAGAGCUCUUGAACAGCUACUAAAUGGACCUUGUGGUGACAUCGUUGUGUCAAAUUAUACUCAGGUGUUUUGAAUCCUACCGGUAAUUGUUGUUUGAAUGCAGAAGUAAUUUAGCUGUUAUACUGUCUAUGUGCUGUAAUUGUGUUUGUCUACAUAUGUUUUUUUUGUACCCAGGUUUCUCUUGAAUAAGAGAUCUUGAGCUCAAUGAGGACAUUUGUUUAAAUAAACAAUUAACUAACUAACUGUGCUGCAACUUCUCACUGAGUUGAAACAGUCCAGUGAUGAAUUAUUUAGAGAACAGGACAAAUUUGCUUUCACAGGAGUCUCAUGUCUUUAUGUUCUGGUGAUACAAAGGAAAGUUUUGUGAACCACAUUUUCUUAUCAGGUUUAUCGACCUUUUUCCUCUUAGUUAUCUGUGGCAGCAAUCAGGAAGCUGUGCCAAAUGUAGUCAAAUAAAGUCAAUAGAAAGCAAUUAUUUCCUGUCAAAAAAAAAAAAAGUCUGAUUAUAUUGUGAGCUCUGGAUGAUGUGUCCUAAACAAUUUCUUCAUCUCACCAUGUUUAAACUCAUGAGAAGCUGCAGAAAGGCUGAAAAAUGAAUGUUGUUUAUUAAAUGAUAAACAACAUUUAAUUACCUCACUGUGCUCCAUCUUUGCUCUCUCUCUCUAAUCAUUAUCAUCACAUUUGUGUGCCUGUUUUACCCUCAGUGUGACUCAUGUCAAACAUGUAAGCUGGUGUCCCUGCAGAGUUUUGCAUUUGAAAUAGAGAUGUAAACAUAGAUUUGAAUGUGUCUGUCUGUCACUUUGUAUGUGUGUGUGUGUGCGCAAACUCCACAUACAGUAAAGAUUAUGUAGGUAAGAAAGCAACCGUGUGUGCAGGGUUUGAGCAGUGAUAAUAACACACGUGUAUGACUGAAUUUUUUUAUUGUCACCAAAAAUAUACAAUAAUUUCACUUCACGGUUUAAAAAAUAUAUGGUUACAUAUAUGUUUACACUGUGGGCUGCUCAGAAAUAUGUUUGACUAAGGGAUAAAGUUGUGAUUUUAGUGCAAAGCAAUAACAGGACCAUUUUUUUUGCAGACAAUCACACUUAAAAUGAGAUGAUAUAAACAUGUUUAACCAUUAAAUCUGUUUAACUUUACACUUAGAUUCUUUGUGAGACGUUAAUUUGACUUUAUGGUUACUUUGGAGGCUGUAGUUUGUGAUGCCGAUAAAUAUUAUUGUUUUUCUAAUAAAAGAUAGAGAGCAAACUAAUAUAAUAACAUGAAAAAGAAGCAGGAGCACUUUGGAAUAGCGUCCAUGGACAUCAGGUUUGAGAAUAUAAACUUCACAAUGAGAUGUUUCUAACAUAUCGUCCAUCCUCACUAAGAUGAAUGGGGUAUUAUAUUCAAUAAAAUUCAACACUACAGCCUCAAAAUGACCAUAUUUUAAAGUUUAACCACUACCUGUCUAAAACAGUUUCUGAACAUUAUAACCUUCAUAAAUGUUAAUGUAAAAUGUAUUAGUUUUAUCUGGGUGACCCUAAAACUAAAGUGUAAAUUCAAACUAAUUCAUUGAGCACCGUACAUGAUCGCAAUCUCUCAUUCCCACAUGUAGAGCAUGUCCUCUAGUUUUCAGCCAUAAGGCAACAUGUUCAUGAUUAUCUCACCCUCUUUCUCUCUCUGUGUGUCUCAGCUGUGGCAGCAGUGCCAUCUCCUGCUGAGCUAAGCACAGAGCACAUUAGCAGCCUGUCAUGCUGCUGCUGAGCGGAUUACAGCUCAUAUCUACUGUAGCUACAUGACUGUCUGGACCUGGGACACACAGACAGUUUUUAUAGAGACCUUGAAAAGGCCACCUGUAGUGCACCAAAUUAUUCUCACAAUUAUACACUCACACGGCAGAACUGGACCUCUGAGGUUCGUCUGAUUACAAAUAUAACUGUGUUUAUUUCAGAUUGUUUUAAACACGUGAGAGAGUCAGCCUCACACAUGCAAUAAUAACAUAUAAACACCACAACUGUCACUGUGCAGGAAAUUAUAUGAACUCUACGUGCAUAUGCACAGUUUAAUGUAAACACUGCCGCGCAGAUGCGACCGUGACAUAGAUCUGCGGGAAAAUUAGAAACCAGAAAAUGGGUUAAAAAAUCCCGUUUCAGCUCAGUGUUUUCACGCUGAACAAUUCCUCGCCUGCAGCACCCAGAAGUGAACAGCAGGCGACCCGGAAGGUUUGAAGUCCGACUGAGAGCAAGGCAGAAAGAAAGAAGAGUCUAAUCCUUUAUAAAAUAUCUCUUCUCUGGCUGGUUCAGGAUGGCUGAACCGCGCUUUAACAAUCCCUAUUUUUGGCCUCCACCUCCUACGAUGCCUGGCCAGCUGGAUAACCUAGUCUUGAUCAAUAAAAUCAAGGAGCAGCUGAUGGCGGAGAAGAUCAGAACGCCUCAUCUGCCCUCCGCCACAGUCCCUUCCCAACAGCCUUUACUGGCUCCCCCGAGCCAGGUGGAGGGCAGCCAGCACGUGAUGUCCAAAGCCCAUCAGAUGCCAGUUCUCCACAGCCACAGCCCGUCUCAGCCAGACAUCGCUCUGCACGCCCGCCCCGCCUCCAGCUCAGUCACAGGUCGUAUUCUGGGGGAUGUAAACUUGAAUCUGGACGAUAAGGCAGCUAUAAAAGCCAGAGGAUUAUGGGAAGACUGGCAUCUGCGUCAACUCAUAGACCAUCCCUCCAGAACAAACCACGUCUCAGGUGUGGCGCUGGCAUCCAGAACGGGCAACCUCAACACCUCAGAGAUCAUCACCCCCACCACGCCCACCUCAAGCAGCCACAGCCGGCUGGGCGGAGCUCCCACACCUCACCUCAUCUCAGGGUUAGCCAGCUGCCACGGGAUGGAGCCUGGGAAAAACAACGGGGGCCUCGUGGGUCUCCUCGGGCCCCCUCCAAAGGAUGAACGAGGGCGUAAGAAGAUCAAAGCAGAGAAUGGGUCGUCGCUGUUGGUGGUGCCCUAUCCCAUCUUAGCCUCAGGCAAUGACCAGUCCUGUGUCACCAUCACUGCCAAACAAGGAAAAACCUACAGGUGUAAAGUUUGUCCGCUGACCUUCCUCUCCAAGUCAGACAUGCAGAUCCACUCCAAGACGCACACAGAGGCAAAGGCUCACAAGUGUCCUCAGUGCACUAAGUCCUUUGCGAACGCAUCUUACCUGGCCCAGCACCUCCGCAUACACCUGGGUGUCAAACCGUACCGCUGUUCCUACUGUGAGAAAAGUUUUCGCCAGCUCUCACAUCUGCAGCAGCACACCAGAAUCCACACAGGUGAUCGGCCGUAUAAAUGCGCCCAUCCAGGAUGUGAAAAAGCUUUUACUCAACUAUCCAAUCUGCAGUCUCACCAGAGGCAGCACAACAAAGACAAGCCCUUCAAGUGUUCCAACUGUUACCGUGCCUAUUCGGACUCUGCCUCGCUGCAGAUCCACCUGUCUGCACACGCCAUCAAAAACGCCAAGGCCUACUGCUGCAGCAUGUGCGGCAGGGCGUACACCUCAGAGACCUACCUUAUGAAGCACAUGUCUAAACACACACUGGUGGAACACAUGGUGUCCCAUCACUCCCCUCAACACAGGACAGAGUCUCCCAGCAUCCCUAUACGGAUCUCUCUCAUCUGAGCUCCACCGCGUGGUUUAAUCCUCACCCGUCUCCUGCCCUUCCAUUUUCCUGAUUUCCUGUGACAUCAACGUCUCCCCCUGAUGGACUUUGAACCCAUGAACGGGUUCCAAAAAAUGUGCCAGAUUGUACUAGUAUCUUGUGAAGAGGUGCUCUUUUAAUGAGUAUAUCCUCCUUUCCUUUCUUGCUGACCAGAUAGUAUUAUCUGGAACAUCCAAAGAUGAUUUUUUCAGCACUUUCAGGCCUGGAAAUGACAGGCCUAAAAAACAUUUUUUUGUGUGUGUGACUUCACAGAAGAAAAAAAAAAAAGGUAUCGCUCCAGGCAGCUACAUGGAAAAUCUUUUUAAACAUUUUUGUGUUGUAACAGAUUACUUUGUCUUUUUUAUAUGGUCCUUUACGAUCUUAAGUCUUUGCAAAAAAAAUAUAUUUGCAUCAGAAAUAGUCUUCCAUUAGCUCGGUGGCCAAGUGAACAUAAAGCUGAAUGCUUAUAUAAAUGUGUAUUCAUGUAUAUUGUGCCACUUCUUAUGUCCGUGUUUGCAAUGUUUCAUCAUACACGUCAUUGUAACGCAUACACAAAUAAUCUGUCAGUAUUUUUCUUUGGUAGUUUUUAUUUUCACCUGUUUUGCCAUGUUCACCCCGACCAGAAUGACUCAUAACUGAAAGGAUGGAUGUUUUUCUUUUAUAUAUUUAUGUUAUAAAACAGAGACAAUGCUCAGAAACAAUGCUCAAAAACACAGUUCAAUCUGGUCAAGAUUAAAAAGUGUUUGGGUCUCCUAAAUUCUAAACACUGUUAUAGAGCUGUCAAUACAAUUUUAAAAAUACACUAAAAAAAAACCCUUUCAAAAACUGAAUUGAAACUUUAAUUGACGCAAUGAGUGUAUGAGCUUCUGCUUAUAAGUACAUGUUACCUUAGCACAAGAAGUGAAUCAAAAAUAUGUUUUUAAGAGCUGGUCAGACCUCCCUGAAAAUAGUGACAUAUGCCUUUUUAUUUCCAGAUUCACUAAAAUAUUUAGGAUUACUGUGUUAGAAUUAUAUUGAGUGAUGCACUUCUGUUACUUUAAUCCACUUUAUAUUUAAUUGGAUGUGCAAAUAAAUAAAUGUUAAUAUGAUAAGACUUAUAUUUUACACCAAACAGACAGAUGUGUAACAAUUCUGGAAACAUGAAUAAUCUUUUGGGUUUUCAGUCAUAAUGUGUAGUUGAAGCAUCAACCUUCUUUAAUUAUUCAUUGUUUUAUUAAUGAACACUUUGCCAUUUUAUAUGCAUUUAAGCCUUAACUUUGUUACAACUCCACUCUGUUGUUUUAUCACUUUACAUUUGCCUUUUAUGUCAUAGCAUGAUAUAUACUGUACAUAAACUAUAUUAACUGUCAACCUGUUUUAUAAUAAAUAAUUCUAUAAUUA